AUGCUGGGAAUCGAGCACCUGCUCUUUGUAUUAACUACAUUCGCCUUUCCACCAGUGGCUCUGACUGUUCUGCUAUGCAUUAUCCUCGCCACAUUCGGAAAAUCACUUGGAUUGCGGCAGAUGUACGUCGACACUCUCAUCAACAUUUUCGAGUGGGGAGCCCGUCAAAUCAAAACGACUGAAAAGAUCAGAAGGAAAGAAAGCGCGGUGAACACUCCAUUCUUCUACAACAAGAUUGCUGAGCUGGAAGACGAUGAAGACGACGAACUGAAAAGUUUGGAGACUCCAAGAUUCGAAGCGACUGAUGGAAUCACGGAUGACGAUAUGGAGAUUGAGAUGCGUAGUGAUACUCGCAGUGAGACGGAAAGUCGCGAUUCUGGAGAGGAUUUUCCAUCAGUUGACUCGGAUUACGGUGAUGAAUCGUGUUUGAAGAGGAAAUUUGGAUCGACCACCAGUCUCGCCUCCGUCGGAUCAUGCUGCAGUCUCAGGAACAGAAAGAUGUCGGAAAGCAGCACAUUGGGAAUCAUCAAACGAGAGACACAAAUCUACCUUGACGACAACUUUUCUGAAGACAUUCCUGAUGAGGUGUUUGUCAGAAGUCGAGGAUGGGCUGCGAUCCGAGAUUCCGUGGAUUUCGUGAAAGCUGGAAUGGAAGCUAUCAUUGAGGACGAGGUGACCAGUCGAUUCGAAGCGGAACAGUUGGUUAGCUGGAACAUGUUGACCAGGACCAGCAUCAAAUUUUAUCAGUUUGUCAAUUGGAAGUUGAGCGCUCUUUGGAUCAUCGGCUUCCUUUUCCGAUACUGUGUCAUGCUGCCACUCCGUUUCACCAUCUUCUGCAUUGGACUCAUCUUCCUGAUCAGUUCCACGGCUCUCAUUGGUCUCGUACCUGUUUUGAGUUGGAAAAAAAAACUGAAUCACAAGUGUAUGCUCAUCUGCUAUCGCAUUCUCUCCAGAAGUCUUACGGCCGUUGUGUACUUCCAUGACGAACACUACAAAGCUGAAAAACAAGGAAUCUGUGUUGCCAACCACACCUCUCCAAUUGAUGCUCUCAUUCUGUCAAUCGACAAUGUCUAUGCACUUAUUGGACAGAAACAUGAUGGUCUUCUCGGUAUUGUUCAAAGAGCUCUUUCUCGUGCAUCAAGUCACAUUUGGUUCGAGAGAAGUGAGGCAAAAGAUCGACACGUUGUGGCUCAAAAACUUCGUGAACACUGCACAGAUCCGGAUAAACUGCCGAUUCUGAUCUUCCCGGAAGGAACCUGUAUUAACAACACUUCUGUGAUGAUGUUCAAGAAGGGAUCGUUUGAGAUCGAGACAACCAUCUACCCGAUUGCAAUGAAAUACGACUCUCGUUUUGGCGACGCCUUCUGGAACAGUUCCGAACAGUCGUGGUGUGGAUACAUCAUGAGAAUGAUGACUUCUUGGGCUAUCAUCUGCAAUGUCUGGUACCUGCCACCAAUGACUAAAAGAGUCGGAGAAGACGCCGUUGACUUCGCCAAUCGUGUCAAAAAGGAGAUUGCCAACAAGGGUGGACUAGUUGAUUUGGAAUGGGAUGGAGGUCUGAAAAGGGCUAAAGUUCCUCCAAAAAUGGUUGCCAAACAGCAAGAGAGGUAUGCAAACCGUCUCUCAAGGUACACAUCUGUGUCGGAAGUUGUCAAGCACGAGGAUGUUCAAGUCACUCUUGAAAUGGACAAGACGGUCUCAGGAUACGCCUCUCUCGAAGAUCUUCCUGAAGAUGUUUUCGUUGACGAAGAAGAUGAAACCUUUGAAGUCGAAGAGGAUAUUGACGAGAACGACGAGAACGACGAAAACGAGCCGGACUCCACUAUUCGCAAGAGGAGACUUGUUGACACAAUUCCGCUUGUCAAAAUUUGA